AUCUGACAUCUAGAAUGACAUGGCGAGGAAGCUAGUGAUAAAAAGGGUAAGAGUGCCUAAGUUUUACUUAUGUCUCCUGUGGCGCUGGGUGCCCGGUUGAAGACCGCAACAAAUAAAUGUAGUAAUGCCCUUUUUCUGUUUACUUCUUGGACUCUAUGUAGUAGGGGGUGCACUGUAGCGUCGCGGAUUCCUCAUAUCCUGACAGGGUUUCAUGAUACAGUAUUGACGGAAGGAAGCGAAUUGUUGAUUGUUGGUUUUGAAAGGUUCCUGCUAUUCACUAUUCAAGAGUCAGUCCACGAUAGUCGUGUCCAAAUAAGGAGGCAACCUACCAGCUAUCGACCAUCAUGAGUGGUGAGGACACUGAGAAAUACCAGCCUGUGUACAUGGGGCAAAAGCGACGCCGUUUCUCUGCGCCCACCGUGGCUGGUGGGGGAACCCAGGUUCUGGUAGCCAGGGCGCCGUUCACACAGUUAGCCUUUGACGAGCUCCAUUUGAAAAAAGUUGAUCUCGAAAAGAAACCAAUCACUCAGAAGAUCAAAGAGAAUAUUUACUGCUCCAAACGCAGGACCUGGAAGCUACUCUCCAUGUACGUACCCAUUAUCAAGUACAUCAGAUACUACAAAGUGAAAGAAAAUCUCUUCUCUGACGUCCUGGCAGGCUUUACAAUAGGCAUCGUCCACAUCCCGCAAGCAUUGGCUUUCGGCCAGCUGACCUCUGUGAAAAUUGAAAAUGGUUUGUUUACUUCUCUUUGGCCUGUCAUCAUCUACACAAUCUUCGGUACUUCUGCUCAUAUUUCCAUGGGUACGAGCGCAGUGAUAUCCAUACUUGCUGCAGCAACCAUUGACAGGGAAGGCCACGCGUGGGCGGCGUCCAGGCCGUGGAUUAUGAACCAGACGAACAACGCCACCACGCUGGACGAAGUCCCCGAGUAUUUGGACUUCAAAGAAAAUCUCUCCAUGGCGAUAACUCUCAUCACGGGCAUUAUGAUGAUAGCCAUGGGAUUUCUCAAGCUUGGCUUCAUCACGGCCUACCUGUCGGAGUCUUUCUUUGUGGCGUUCACCUCGGCGGCUGCAGUUCACAUCGCAAUCAGCCAGCUCCCAGCAAUGCUGGGGCUGAAAAUUGCUCGGGCGAGCGGGUCUUAUAAGGUUGUGGUCACGUUCAUAGAAGUGUGUAAAAACAUCACACUCUCCAACGUGGCGGCGAUUUUGUGCUCAAUCAUAUGCUGCGUGGUCAUAUUGUUAGUAAAAGACUGCGUCAAUGAGCGGUUUAAACACAAACUUUUUGCACCGAUUCCCAUCGAACUCUUCGUCGUCAUCUUCGGAACGAUGUCGUCCUACUUCGGAGAUUUCCGUGUCAACUACGGAGUCGAUGUCGUCGGUAAAAUCCCAACAACCAUUCCUCCUCCCAGUGUACCUGUUGAGGGUCUGAAGCUGACGUCUAAUUACUUGGCUGAUUGUUUCAUUCUGGCUAUACUCAUAUUUGCCAACACCAUCGCUAUGGGUAAAGUCUGCGCAAAGAAGCACAACUACGAGCUGAACGACAAUCAAGAGAUGCUUUCCUACGGGAUGUGCAACGCAGUCAGUGCCUUCUUUAACUGCUUUCCUUCUGCAGUGGCUCCUCCGCGUUCAAUGGUCGCCAGCAGUAUGAAUGCUAAGACCACAAUCAGUGGGAUCUUCAGUUCUUUGCUUAUGCUUCUGGUGAUUCUAAUCGUUUCUCGCUUGUUUGAGGAGCUCCCCAAAGCCGUGCUUGCAGCAAUCGUCUUCAUCGCUCUCAAAGGACUUUUUAUUCAAAUCUUUGAUGGCAGAAAAUAUUGGCGAAUCAAUAAGUUUGACUUUGUGAUCUGGUUCUUCACAUUUUUCGGAACUACCUUUCUCGACAUCGAUCUGGGCCUGUUUAUAGGCGUGGGAGUUUCCUUGGUGACCGUCGUUUUCCAAACACAGUUCGCUAGAGGCUACAAGGUUGGCUACACGAAAAGUGAUCCUUGCUUUGUGGAGCAUAAGAAGUAUCAAGACUCCUCGGAAAUUCCAGGCAUCAAAAUUUUCCGGUUUCAGUCGUCUUUAUAUUUUGCAACGGCGGAAAUUUUCCGAAAUUUAUUGUACCGUUGCACGGUUAACCCUCGGAAACUAUUGAAGGGACUAAAGAAAAGAGAAAAGAGGAUAAUGCAGGACAACAAUGAACGAAUCGCACAAGGUCUACCUCCAGAACAGAGAAGGAACUCUAUCAUGAUGGGAGACCCGGGACUCGCAUCCCAGAACUCGUCCAGUAGUUUGAACAAAUUUCCACUCAGCCCACUGACUGACCUAGAGCGAACCAGCAUCCCCAAACUAGUCAGUGCCGACAGCGCUCAAGCUGAGCGCAAACGCAGAGUUUCCUUACCGAAUAUGGAGAAACCCAAGUUUUCUAUUUUAGAAGAAGAAGAAAAGGAAACAAAUUUGAGUAAUGGAGACCUAGGCAUUCCCUCACAGACCAAUGGGUUUAACUCAUCUCCUACUACUCCGGAAAAAGUAUCAAUCAAGCCAGACAAUAACAGCAACACCUCUAUUAGCCCCAGCAGACGAAUGUCAACCAUCUCGAUCAACUUUGAUGAAUUUGAGGAAGAUCCCGAGGAUGGCGACGAACUUUUCACGGACGACGCUCUGCGGCAGAUGCGCAAGAUUCACCACAUCAUCAUCGACUGCACUACCAUCAACUACAUCGACGCCUCGGGAGCCAACGUUCUGGGACAUAUCUUCACGGAAUACGGUCACGUCAACAUCAAGGUUUUCCUUGCGGGGUGCUCAGCUGACAUGCGCAGAGCUUUGGAGCACGCGGGAGCCUUCGAAAAGAUUCCACGCGACAAUCUGUUCAUAGACCUGCACGACGCCAUAGCAGUCGCUAAGCCUUUGCGUACUUUACCUUUGGCGGCUGAAGCCCUGGAAGAUUUCUCUGAUGAAGAAGCAACAGAAGACUCUUACAUUACUAAAAUUUAAAUGGGAUUUACUCUUAUUUUAGUUUUAAAGCGAGACUACUCUUUUUUUUACCAUAGUUACAAAAUUUUAAAAUAAUUUUACUUUAUUAUCUACCUUUAAAUUAUAUGUGGGAUUUAAAAAGAAAUAGUUUUUACUUAUUGAGAAUUAAAUAUCUAAAUAUUUAUUUAUUCAGGGAAAGGGUAACUACAACUGCGUUAUAUGCGUACUGUUUAUAUUGAGGAAUGUAACAUUAGGUAGGCCUAUAACGCGGCGGUGGAGAUAACUACCAGAUAGGGUACCAUCUAGUACAUUCGGAAAUGAGAAUAGUUCCUUCAUAUUGUUUCUUCCGCGCUGUUAAAAAAUUUGAAUUAUACGUUAUUAAAAUUGUAUUUUUUUUUAUUAGAGAUGACUAAAAUGUGAUAACAUUUGUUGUGCAGUGGUUGUGUUGUUGUUAUAGCAUAAUAUAUGUCACGGCCUGAUUGGUGGUGCUCUAAAAUAUUGCACCGCCCAAAGGCAGGAGUAAAAUCGUUGUCUAAGAACACCUCUGCCCCCACUAGUCCACAAAUGAGAUUACACCAUUUCGCUAUUUGCAUGCUAUAAGUAUGAUAUUUUCUGAUCAAGGUGUUUAUUAUUUUAAUUAAUACAAUAUUCGUUAACAGUGAUAAAAGUAAUAGUAAAUAUUU